GUUUAGUAGAUCUUUUGUUCUUCCGCUUGAUUUCCGCCGUCGGAUCUGGCAACACUGCUCGCCGCCGAUUAGAUUCCGCCGCCAACACUCCCCGUCUCGCCGCGCCGCUGCCAACGACGUUUCUGCUCAUCAUGGCGCCCCACUCUCCUGCGCGCUCGUCUUCUCACCCCCUUGCCGUCCUCCCCCUCGCGCUCUUCCUCGUCCUCGCCUGCACCCUCCAAUGCGCCUCCGCGCAGCCCGUCGCCAGCUCUCAGCUGACCGCGCUCACCGCGAUAGCGGCGGCGUGGGGGCGCAACCUGACGGCGCUGAACCAGACGUGGGUGGCGGGGAAGGAGUGCAGCACGUGGUUCGGCCUCUCGUGCAACGCCAUGGGCCAGGUCACCAGCUUGGUGAUCACGGGGCAGCGCAGUCUGGGCGGGCAAUCCAUCCCCGCGGCCGUCACCCAGCUGCAGGCGCUGCAGACACUCGCGUUGGAUCACAAUCUUCUCACGGGGCCCAUCCCCGACGACAUCUCCUUCCUCACCGCCCUCACCAACGUGUCGCUGAGCGGCAAUCAGCACAACGGCUCCAUCCCCAUGGGCAUCAGUCGCCUCGUCAACCUCCGAUUCCUGGAUCUCACGGCCAAUGCGCUCACGGGUUCAGUGCCAGACGCCUUCACUGCCAUGCCCAGCCUCGCAACCUUAGCGGUGGCACUCAACUCACUCAAUGGCUCGCUGCCCAACUCCCUCUUCUCGCUCUCCAACCUGCAGCUCCUCAUGCUGGGCCGCAACCAGCUGACAGGCGUCCUGCCGGCGUCUGUGAGCGGGCUCAAGGCGCUCAAAGCACUGGACCUGAGCAACAACCGUUUCUACGGUGCCAUGCCUGCAGCGCUCGCCACUCUCUCCAACCUCGUUCACCUCGACCUAAGCCGCAACGCCUUCACAGGAACGCCGCUAAGCUCUUUCUCCUCCCAGUCCCUCGCAUCCACGUCACAAGCGGUCUACGACCUCAGCUCCAACUACUUCACCACGCUCCCCUCCUCCUUCUCCGCCAAGUCCUCCCCCUUCUGCCCCUCCGACCUCUCUGGCGGCUACUCCUCCGCCAAUCUCCUACCCUUUGGCGCCACCGCCACCAGCAGCCUGCGGGAUAAUUGCUUCCUGGCCGGCGACUGGAACUACUCCCAGAGCUAUGUCCACCGCGGGAGAGGGUGGGGCCGCGGGGGCAGCAGCAACGGCGACAGCGGCAGCGGUGGUAGCAGCAGCGGGGGAUGCGAGACGGAGGAUCAGAAGCGGCCGGUGGAGUGUGUGUCGUUCUGCGGUGCGGCUCUGGCAGCGGGGCCGUGCGGGGGGCUGGGGAUGUGCGUGCUGGAUGGUGCCUCGUAUGUGCCGGCGUGUGUGUGCAACAACGGCAUGUACAACGUCAUUCUCUCUGUUACCGUUGGCUCUUCCACUGUCACCUACCCCUCCUGCUCGCCCAACCCCGGCACGCCCCCUCCUCCCACACCGCCGCCCAUUGACAGCACGGAGCGCCGCAAGAGAGGGUACCGCGGGGUGGUAUUCACGGGCACAACACCCGCGCUGCCAUCGGGCACGUAUUCCAACAAGUACUUCCGGCACCUGUCCAAGGGCUUCACAGGCAACUACUCCUCGCCCACCUGGAACUUCACCAACGCUGUGGACUGGCGCGCCGUGCUGCCCUCCCCGCUGCUGCCCGCCAAGGACCAAGGCUUCUGCUCGUCCUGCUGGGCGUUCGCGCCAGUGGCAGCGACAGAGGCGCUGUACGCGAUAACAUACGGGGCAGCGGCGCCCAACGUGUCGGAGCAGCGCGUGGUGGACUGCCAGGGCCAGUGGAGCUGCGCGGGCGGCUACCCCGCCCACGCCUUCAACUACAUUGCGUCUAGCGGCGGCCUGCCUCUCGCCGUCAACUACCCGUAUACCGGCAUCUUCUCGCCCUCGUCCUGCCGGACCGUGUCUCGCCGCUCCACCAAGCGCAAUGUGCGCUUCCUCCUCAGCCUCGACAACCCGCUGCUGCCCACGCAGCCGCACGUGCAGGCACAGGCGCAGGCGCAGGCGGAGCCAGCCCCAGCGCGGCGACUAUCCACAGCAGCGCAGCCAGCAGCAGCAGCGCAUCGCAGAUCCACGCGCGGGGUGGUGGUGACGCGGGCGCGCUUCUCGGAGGCGCAGAUGGCGACGGGGCCGUUCAGCAUUGCGUCGUACGAGCAGGUGUCCGUGCCCGGGUGGAUGGGCAUGGCUCUCGCCGUGCAGCAGCAGCCCGUGGUGGCGUACGUGGAGGCGGACCAGGAGUCAUUCAUCUCCUACCCCGGGGGUUUCACGUACAACGACCCGGCGUGUUUCGCCAACCAGGUGGUGAACCAUGCGGUCGUCAUUGUGGGCUACGACCUGCUGGCCGCGCCGCCGCUGUGGCUCGUGCGCAACUCGUGGGGCGCGGGCUGGGGCGACCAGGGCUACAUGCAGCUCGCCAUUGCAGGCGGGAGCGGUGUGUGUGGCGUCAACGCAAUGCCCGCCAUCUACCCUACCAUUCUCGGCCCAGACCCGUGCGGGCCCAUCAACCCGUGCGGCGGCGGCACGUGCAAGGCGACGGUGGGGGCUGCCAGCAAGAAGCAGGUGAACACGUGCACGUGCCCCAACAACUUCAUCCCCGUCACCAACAUCGACAAGACUCAGACCUGCGCCCCUGCCAAGGUGUGUGCGUUCUACGCGAUGAACCCGUGUGGGUUUGGCACGUGUGUGGACAACAACGCGGGCGGGUACUGGUGCCUGUGCUCCACGGGCUUUACGCAGGGCAUGCGCACCGACGCCACUGUCACCUGCGUCCCUGCCACCAAGGCGAGCAACACGGUGUCACUGCCCGCGCCCAUGACGUGCGACCAAGUGCGCUCCACCCCAAGCUCAAGUGUCCGGGAGUGUACAAGGCGGGCACGACCAUCACAGUGCGCCCUGCCAGCAGCAACGCCUCCCCCAGCUCCAUCACCGGCUGCACCGUGCCGCUCACCAUCUCCCAG